AUGGGAGCGAAGGUCCCGCGAAACUUCAGACUGCUGGAAGAGCUCGAAAAAGGCGAGAAGGGCCUUGGAGCAGAGGCAUGCUCAUACGGGCUUGAAAAUGGAGACGAUCUGUUGAUGUCGGACUGGAACGGCACCAUACUUGGACCUCCCCAUAGCGUUCAUGAGAACCGCAUCUACAGCGUGAAGAUCCACUGCGGCCCCAAUUACCCAGAUGUUCCUCCGGAGAUCUCCUUCACCUCCAAGAUCAAUCUCCCGUGCGUGGAUCAAAGGAAUGGAAAGGUCGACCCGACAAAGUUGCCGUGCCUUGCGCAGUGGAAGCGCGAAUUCACGAUGGAGACUAUAUUGAUAGAACUUCGACGAUAUAUGGCCCAUUCCGCGAACAAGAAGCUCCCUCAGCCACCGGAAGGCUCGACAUAUUAA